AGCCGGAAGUACUUGACGGCAGCAGUUCCGUAGGCGCAAAAGUGAAGGCGUCCGAAGUGGUCGCUGCUGCUUCUGCUGAGGGGUCGGGAACUGUUGUGGGAAGAGAAGAGAAACGCAAAGCUCUUGGUGCCCUGGGAGGAGUGAGAGAGUCACUUAAAGAGGUGAAGAGGGUGCGAGGACAGAGGCGCAGGAGAGGGCAUGGUGUGGUGGGGGAGAGCCGGCCGCCCGCCCCCACCCGCCAUCGCCCCUCUCCGGCCGGGUGAAUGAGGCUCUCCGUCCGGGCUUGCCCGGGGGCUGCGCGCCGCGGGACCCCAGCAUGAGUGCGGGCCCCGGCUGCAAACCCUGCAGGAAGCGAGCCCGCUGCGGCGCCUCUAAAUCGCCGCCGCCCGCCUCCUCCGGGCCCCUGAGCCAGUCCGGAGGAAAGAGACAGGUGUCGGCCCCUGAGGCCGGCCCGGGGCAGCCCGUCCUGUUCCCUCUUUGGCCGAGGACGCCGUCGUCUUCAUCCGUCGGCUCCCCGGGACCAACAGCGUCUGGGCCACACGGCGUCUGCGGCAAGUUGGGGAACAAAGCUUUCAAACAAAAGACAAUUACCAAUUGGGUGGACACUAAAGAAUUCAACACAGGGUCAAAAAGUUUGCAUAGUAAAGAUAUCAUCAAAACAGAAGGAUCUAAGAUGAGUUCUAUACAGAAAGAUAAUUUUUUCCAACAUAACAUGGAGAAGUUAGAAAAUGUUUCUCAGCUGAGCCAUGCUAAGUCAUCUCAAGAUAAAAAUACAAAGCAUUUCAACCAUCCUCUGACGUUCAGUACCUGUAAGUUGCAAAGUGAAGGAAAACAAAGGGAGCCUUUGGAAGCUGAACCCCAGGAAGUAACUCUCAUGGCAGAUCAGUUUAGAAAUGCUAAUGUGGAUCAAUCACCCCAAAGUGAUGAUCAAAUUCAUCUAGAUUGUGAAGAAGAUAGAGACAAUCGGCAGCUCUUACUGACACCUGUAAAGAUGGCAAAUUCUAAGCAGCCUAUGAAAGAUGUACAACUAGGAGAGGCCUCAAGCAGCCUGCAGCCCAGUAAGUGUUGCCAGCCUGUCCAUGGCACUAGUGCAGGUAGUCAGCAGGAAGAGAUAGAUGUUGUUCCUGAGAGUCCAUUGUCAGAUGGUGGUGGUGGUGAUGUUUUACCUGAUCAGAAAAAUGAUGAGAUGAGCAGACAAGAAAGUCCUGCAGAGUCUCCUCUUGAGAAAGAAAGUGAACCAGAGUCCCCAAUGGACGUUGAUAAUUCUAAGAAUAGUUGUCAGGAUUCAGAGGCAGAUGAAGACACAAGCCCAUGUUUUGAAGAACAAGAAGAUGGCAAUUCCUCUAAAGCAGCAAACAAAUCAUCAAAAUUUCAAACAGGAGAGAAUAAAAUUGAAUGUAAAAAACAGUACUCUACUAGGGUAUGUGAAGAUAGUGGAUCGAGCCUUCAGUUAGAAGGAGUAGAGAGUCCCACUGAAGAGGAUCAUUUACCCUCCAAAUCCCCUACGAUUACUGCUCUGAAUGUGGAAUGCAAAGGUCCCAAGCAAGCUGGGAGAAAGGAUUCUAAAAUAACAGAUCAUUUCAUGAGACUGCCUAGAGGAGAGGACAAAAGAAAAGAACAAUGUGAAUUCAAACACCAAAGACCAGACAGGAAGAUUUCCAAGUACAUUCCACCUCAUAUUUCCCCAGAUAAAAAAUGGCUUGGAACUCCUAUUGAGGAAUUGAGAAGAAUGCCUUUGUGUGGAGUUCGUCUUCCUCAUCUGAGACACUCUGCCAAUCAUACAGUAACUGUUCGGGUAGAUCUUUUGAAAGCUGGAGAAGUUCCUAAGCCUUUUCCAACACAUUAUAGGGAUUUAUGGGAUAAUAAACAUGUCAAAAUGCCUUGCUCAGAACAAAAUUUAUACCCUGUAGAAGAUGAGAAUGGCGAACGAACAGCAGGCAGUCGGUGGGAGCUCAUUCAGACAGCACUCCUUAACAAGUUCAACCGUCCCCAAAAUUUGAAGGAUGCUAUAUUGAAAUAUAACGUUGCAUAUGCCAAGAAAUGGGACUUUACAGCUUUGGUCGACUUUUGGGAUAAGGAGUUGAAGGAAGAUGCUCCUGUUAGGUCAGAAGACAGAAGGUUUGAUUGGCAUUUUAAAGAUAAUUCAUUCCACCUUAGACAUGAGGUCCUUGAAGAAGCAGAGGCCCAGCAUUUAUGUCAGUCCAUUCUGCCUGAUAUGGUGAAAUUAGCCCUUUGUCUGCCAGAUAUUUGCACUCAGCCAAUACCUUUACUGAAACAGAAGAUGAAUCACUCCAUCACGAUGUCACAAGAGCAGAUUGCUAGUCUUCUAGCCAAUGCUUUCUUUUGCACAUUUCCACGCCGAAAUGCUAAGAUGAAAUCGGAGUAUUCUAGUUACCCAGACAUUAACUUCAACAGAUUGUUUGAAGGAAGAUCAACGAGGAAGCCUGAGAAGCUUAAAACCCUCUUCUGCUAUUUUAGAAAAGUCACAGAGAAAAAACCUACUGGCUUGGUGACAUUUACAAGACAAAGUCUUCAAGAUUUUCCAGAAUGGGAAAGGUGUGAAAAAAAAUUAACUCGAUUACACGUAACUUAUGAAGGUACCAUAGAAGGAAAUGGACAAGGCAUGCUCCAGGUAGAUUUUGCUAAUCGCUUUGUUGGAGGGGGUGUAACCAGUGCAGGACUGGUACAGGAAGAAAUCAGAUUUUUAAUCAACCCUGAAUUGAUUGUAUCACGACUCAUCACUGAGGUGCUGGAUCACAAUGAAUGUCUUAUCAUCACAGGUACUGAACAGUACAGUGAAUACAUAGGCUAUGCAGAAACAUACCGUUGGGCCCGAAGCCAUGAUGAUAAGAGUGAAAUGGAUGACUGGCAGAGGCGCUGCACGGAAAUUGUUGCUAUUGACGCACUUCACUUCAGACGCUACCUCGAUCAGUUUGUGCCUGAGAAAAUCAAGCGGGAACUUAACAAGGCUUACUGUGGUUUUUUUCGACCUGGAUUUUCUUCUGAGAAUCUUUCAGCAGUGGCCACAGGAAACUGGGGAUGUGGUGCCUUUGGGGGUGAUGCUAGAUUAAAAGCCUUAAUACAGAUACUGGCUGCAGCUGCAGUUGAACGAGAUGUGGCUUAUUUCACUUUUGGGGAUUCAGAAUUGAUGAGAGACAUCUAUAACAUGCACACCUUCCUCACUGAAAGGGGACAGACAGUUGGGCAAAUUUAUAAGCUACUGCUCCGGUAUUACCAUGAAGAAUGCAAAAGCUGUUCCAGCUCAGGACCUGAUGUUAAGCUUUAUCCUUUCAUUUACAGUAUCAUUGACUCCUAUGCAGAUACCACCGACCACAAUGGGAAAAGGACCGGUUUCCGUGGAUUAGAAUGAAUGGGACUCCUCAGUCAGCAUGGAGCUUUUGUUUCCCUACUUCCCUGUCCUUCCAAUAUGCCGUUUGAAUUGUUGGGUGUAAUAUAGGGACUGGCUUAACUUAAUAGAAUUGUGUAUAUAAUCUUGCAUUUGUAAUCCAGUAUGCUGUCUCAUUUUGGAGAGAUGGAAUUUUUCAGGUUGUUCAUUUAAACCAUCUCUAUCCUGAUUUAGAGUCAGUCUUGCUAAAUAUAAUUUUUUUUUUCUUAUUCAUCAUAUUUCAGUCCAUAUUCUGUAGGCUCCAUAGUUCAUCAGAUUUCUUACUGAAAAACUUGUAAAAGGUUUUUCUUAAUUCUUCACUUUUCUUUUUUGAUGCCUAUAAAUCACACAAAAUGCCUCUGCAGCUAAGUGAGUACUAGUGAGUCCUGGAUAUUCUGUUUAAAAGCCCUAUACUUUUUUUUUUUAAUUGACUGUGCUCACAAGUAAUCCUUUCUCCUCCAUCUCAAAUUCAAGGAUUAUGUGUCUACAUUAUUUAAGUUUUUGAUUUACACACACACACACAUUUAUAUAUGGAUAUAGAUACACAUAUACAUUUCCACACAUGCGUAGCACAGUAUAAAAAUGUCCUGAAUUAAAUGUCUUCAAUAUAAAAAUGAUUAUUAUUAUUUUUUUUUUUUUGCUGGUGAAUUACCAUUUAUAUCAACUUGUCUGUCCUUUUUUCUUAAAACACAUUUUACUUUAUCAUAUUUUUGAAAUCCUACAAAGAUGGAGGAAAAUAUAAGGGAAAGGAAGAGGUCUGUGUGAAAACAAAAUACAGAUUUAAAAGCAUUGCAGCUUAAAAAAAAAAAAAAACUAGGAUCAAUAUAUGUGGUCAGUGGUGAAUGAGGAAGUGUGUAUAGCAAAAAAAUUAAGAACUGGAACUUGAAGCUAAUUUAUUUUUAUUGAAAUCAUUCUGACAUUUUGGGGGAUUUUAAGAGAUUUUUAGUGGAGUUUCAUUUAAAAGUUAUUCUUUCUCUUAUAGCUGUAUUUUCUUUAUAGACCAGUUUGGACUCCAGUAUAUUUAAUUUGUGUUCAUAAAAGAUAAAUGAAACUGAAGUGACAGAAAAUUAUUAGGCUUGGGCCUUAUCAGGGACUCUGUCUUCUGUUCUCUUAACUACAGUUAGAUGAACAUACAACUGGAAACCCCCUGUGAAUGGUUACAUACUUUUCAAGAAAUUAGAGAGAAGGGUUAUAUUAAUGAUUUGUUAUAUCAUGCACAAUUUAAGCAGAAAAAUAUGUGACCAGAUUUCCAAGACAGUUCUAGAAUAACCAGACUAUCAACUCUGGUUUGUUGUCAAUUAGUAGGAAAUAUUGUCCAGGUCAAGUUUUGUUGGGAGCACUUAUGGACCCCAAGUGGGAGAACUGGCAAGGACCUCAGCUGCGAUUUAGUUAAUAACACUCACUUUAGAGAAAAAGACAUAGAGGGUAUAUGCUUUACUGAAAAUCACUUAGCAAAUUAGUGGCAGAGCUCUGCUCAGACCUGGAUGUAUUGAUCUCAAUCUGUGACUCUCCCUUCUUUGACUGCUUCUUUAGGACUGCCUGGAUCCUGUUCUAAUAGAAUUGAACUGAUAUUGUACAAAUGCUUCCCCUUUUUAGGUACCUCAGGCAAUUCUCUAAGACUAUAAAAUUUACAGAUAAGUUCCUAAUCUGCAUCACUUCAGGUGAUUUUCAUAGUAGGAGUUUCCCAUGCUGAUGAAAUCACAAAUGUGGACCAAAAAUAUUGUUAGAAAUAGUUGGCCAUUCAUUAGCCAAGGCUUGAAUUUAUUUUUGUUUACAUACUUCACAUAACAGCUCAACUAAUUUUUGAAUGAUAAUGUAAAUUCAUUUUAACCAGUACUCAUAUAGAGUUUCACAUCCUUACAAUAAUAUCAUUAGAUUCUUUAUUGAGGCUGCUCUCGGUCCUAUUCCCUGACUGUUCUUUGUCUACUUUCCCAAACUUCUGCCCCUUUGUGAUCUUUCACCUUGAGAAGUAUUUUCAUGGAGCCAAUUAACAUUAGCUGUCAGUAUGGUGACAUUUUGCAUUUGUUGGUACACAUAUGAUUGGCAGUAGCUUUUAUCACAACAGCCAAAGAUACUAUUCAUUUUCAUGUAACCUAGCCAAAGGCUUGAAAUUUACUUUUUUUUUUUUUUCCUGUUAUUAAUAUCUUUCACCUUUCCUUCCAACCCACUUAAACCUUUGGCAAAGUAAUCAUAGUUAAAUUUUAUGUUCUUAUCUCCACUCCAGUAUUGAGUAGAUUGUUCUUCAAAUCAGUUUAAAGUAUACUGUAGAAAUGUACAAACCCAGGUGAAGGUAACCAGAGAUAAUGGUCUUCCAAACCUAAUGGGCCUCAUUCUCACUUCUUGGUGCUGAACUAGGGAAAUAAGUAGUUUCAUCUCUUUUUUCCAAGCUAGUUCCUUUUUAAAAAAUGUAACAAGCAUAGUACAUUUAGAUGGCAUAACAUUGAAAAAAAUGAUCAUUUCUGUGUGGGGAAAAAGGUUGGAGAGAGAAGUCAUCAUUAAAUGAUCAAUUUCCUCCUUAAUGACCUAUGAGCUAUUCAGACCAGAUUGAGACUACUGAGACCUUUGUUAUUAUUCAUCCAGAAAGUACCUGAGCUAAUAAUGUUUUUUUUUCACUGGAGUAUUUAAUAAUCAGAGGAAGGAAAAUUGCUAUCUCUACUGUGAGAUAUUUAUUGUCUUCUUAUCUACUUGAACUAAAGCUAAUGGUUUUCAUUGUCAUUUAAUGGUGUUUAUUCUUUUUUUCUGUAUAAAUGAGAAUAAAGAGGUGUCUUUAUAACCAUUCAGAAUUUUUUCAAUAUAUCAUAUACAUAUUAAUGAGAAAUUUCUCAGGUGUUGUUAGAGCGAGAAGGAAAGUUAAAUUUAAAUCAAAACUUGAUUAUCAUGUAAUUCAUACCCUAAUCUUCUUUAAAGAGCAACAGAACAGAAAAGCAAAUGAUAUUCAUUCACAUUCUUUACUAAGUGCCUGGCAUUGAUCAUUACUCAUGAGUGAGCAUUGGUUCUGACAUCUUCAAAUAGAUAGUUCUGACCCUUCUUCUUUGAAAUGAUGAUGGCAGCACAGGUUUGUAAGAUCAGUGUUUUGAAAAAGAGCUUUAACAGGAAUUCUCCCUGACCCAUACACUUCUCAGCAAUAUUACUUUUUUAGGGGGGAAAUUAACAUGCACUUAAUUCCCAUCUGCUUUCUCCCUUUUUUUUUUUUUUUUUUUUUUCUAGCAGUCUUUGUAGCCUCAUUUAGGAGUGUGCUUGGAGCCAGUUCUUUUUUCAGUGUGGGCAUUUAUACCUUGGGAAUCAGCAAACGUUGCAAAUCAGUCUUGUUGAUUAUUUAGACUUGGUAAAGCCAAUAGAGCAAACAAUGCAGGUUAAACUUCAAAAUAUGACACGUGUACAUCCCCUCCACCCCCCCAGAGCUGGUUAUUAACAUUUACCAGCAUGUGUACUACCAGCCAUCUCCAGUCUUUGUGAUAAAACAAGGAUAUCCUAAAAGCAGUUUUGCAAUUUAAGGAUUGGACUUUUGUCCCCUAUAAAAACUGAUUAUACAUAUUCUAUCUUUCACUUAGGAAGGGAAAAGCUUUAGGAUGAAAGGCAGGAAUUUAAACUAGUAGCCAGUCUUAAAUAAGCAUAUAUUAAGCACCUACUAUGUACUAGGCACUGUUAAAAUAAAAUUAAUUAUUUUGUAUUGUGCUUUAGUUGUCACAGGACACAAUAGAAUUAAGAGCUAAAAUUUCCCCCAAAUUUUUGACAUCAUCUAUUCUAGUACCAGAGUUUUCUUGGCUCUCAACAAUUCUGUUAUCUGUCAAGCCAUAAGACUUAACAGUUUUACCAAAUAGAAACAAUUAAAUCUCUGUGUUAACAUUUGACAAAUGAUUUGGUUUUUUCUUACAUUUUCUUCUAAAUUCCUGCUUAAUGCAUCAUAAUCAUUUUUAUUUAGAGAAUGGGAGGUGUCUGUAUGCUAAUGUUUACAUGAUUUUUAUAGGGAGACAAUAAAGAUGUUCUGAUCAUACU